UUGAGCAAUAAGCAAAAUGCUCUUCUUGAUAAAGAAUGUCGAGAAUUUCUUAAGCAGCAUAAAUUUGUUCUCGAUAAGGCCAAUAAUAUCAUCGAAGAAACUAACGAAGAAUAUUUACUCGAAUUACUUUAUGAAGUUAAAUUAGCAAAUAUCAAAUUUAAGAAUG